GAUCUUUAAAGUGCUAACCCCGUCCGACCGUCUUGCUUCUCGGGCUGUCCCAUGCAAAAUACGAUACUCGGCUUUUUUGUCAAUUGUUUAUCGUUACUACAACCUGACAUCCUACCUAAGAUUCCUCCAAAAGCUUCAUGAUUUGCAUAGAAUUGAAUAAACAAAUAGACUUCUUCACCGCAAUAUCAAGUAUCACACCGACGACUUGCCCUUUGGCCUCAUUAUUAAAUUGUUGCCAAACACGACUUUUUGAACGCGCUCGGUGACCCUACAGCCUCUUUUUACACACCGCAAGAAACUAAGCAAAACUCCGAAUCAUCCGAAUAGCUGCUAAAUCGGCUACGCGACAAGAUGUUUGCUCGAGGGAAGUCCAAGGAGCGGACUUCCAACCGGAAGGUCACGCCGCCCUCGCCCUCAUACAUGUCCAACGAGCAAUUCGCCUCGUACCUUGCCGACCUUAGGCAAAACCGCAUCGCCCGCCCGGGAGGUGCCAGGCCACAGCCAGAAAACAGCCGGCGUGACUCUGGCAGGCCUUCACUGACUUCAAGUAAACGAUCUUCCCUUGGCGGUGCAUCACUUGCCUCCGAGACCUCCUCCAUGAACCCGCGUGGCCAAUACGCUGUACCACCCUCCAUAAUCAGCAGGCCUUCUGUUGCCGGUAGCGUAACCUCCAGAUACUCAAACACAAGUGCACGCGGCCGCGAUUACUACCCCAAGGUUCCAGGCUCUACAGUUCCUCUCAAGCCGUCAGAGGUUGUGCCAUCGGCUACGUACAUCGAGCGCGGUCAAAGGUGGAUGGAAAAAGAGGAGGCCUUCUCUCUCAAGCAGGCAAUGGAUGAUAUGGACCUCAGGGAAAGGGAAAAGGCCGAGCCGGUGGAAGAGGAUGAAGAGGAGAAACGGAUUCACGCUGCCGCCCUGGAUGAGGCUGCCGAUCUCGUCUGGCAACAUCAAAACGGCGUCAAGCCACCAGAACCUGAUGCACCAUACCGUUACAAGCCUCACAUGCGCAAAAACAGCUAUGCAUAUGCACGAACUGCUAGUGCGGGCUACAACGGUGCAGACGUGGAGCCAACAGGCUUGCGGAGAAACAUGGGCUCUCGCUCUGUUUCAGGGAGUAGCACUUCUAGCGACGGACACAACGCCGCCUCACGUAGCCAUGUGUCCUUGGGAUCAACUGCAGGAAAAAGUGGAGGUCGCCCCAGUCUCGAAAAGUCAAGAGAAAACUCGAUGGACUCGGAGCAGCCUGCUAAGACCUAUCGCGGGCUUGCCGGUGGCCCACGGCCGAUGGCUACCAAGUCUUCGGAUCGUCGGAGGAGCAGCUUGAAGCGCAAUAUCAGUGGUGAGGUGCAGAAGCCGUUUUCCGGUGAUCAGAUAUGGGAGGAGCCCGAAGGUGCUUCCUCACCUGCCGCGAAGGCUACUUCGAGCAAAGCUACACCCGAGAAUGCGCAACCACUGCGCGCAAAGGCCAGGAACCCACUCAACCGUGUGCAGUUUGCGCCCGAAGUGCCGGAGAGCAGCCCCAAACUGCCUGAAGCGCCGCCACGACCAGUUUCCAAGAUUGAGAUCCACAGGAAUCCGCCUUCACAAUCGCGGAAUCCUUUAUAUACGAGUAACUCUUCGUCCGAGACACCGGCAGCUCCUCGUGAGGACGUGCCGCGCAAGAACGGUGUUGAGAUCCGGGGCGAUGACAUCAGGUCCGCGACGAGCAUGAAGCUCAAGGACCGUAGCGAGAAGUUGCCCACGCCGGCAUAUGUCAGUGACAGCCCCGGACGGCCAAUCGUAAGCUUUGACGCAAGUUGGAAGGUUCCGGACAAGGACCCGGGAACUGAUAAGAAGCCAGACCCCAGACAUCGUAGCCCCUUCUUCCGCCGAGACCAAGCAGCCAAGCAACAAACCCCUGCAACAACCCCGGGACCAGAAUCGUCGCCAAGACCCCAACCGCAGCAAACAGCACUCAGACAAGCCUCCUCUGUCCCUGCUAUCUCGGCUGUGGAGGCUCGUGAUGUGCCGCGACCGCAAUCAACGCCGCAGCAACCGCGUAGCCGCAACUACUGCCCGCCAGCAAUUCAGGUAGAAUCUGUUGCUGACGAGCGACCUUUGGCUGCUGCUGCCACCAACGUUCCCUCGAUUGCCGUUAGUGAGCCCGAAGCUUCUCCCUCCAAGAAACCAAGCAUCCCGUCCAUCUCCGUGGAAGCAGCUCCUGCUAUACCUUCCAUUGUCACCCCUGAUGAUGAGAGAGACGGUAGCUCUGGUGUCCCGAUAAUAAUUACCCCAGAUGAGGCGAGCAAAUCGAGUUCCAACUCAAAACCGGCCCCUUCGGCAAGACCCCUGCCGACGCCGGUGAAGGGUCCGGUUGGUCGCUUCCGGCAUGAAGCUCAGCGCUCGCGAGGGCACUGGUCACCAGCACCAGGGUCUUCGGCUGGCAGCCGGGCUACGGCUCGCUGUCACGAGUGCGGGCAGUACAUAGAGGGACGCUUCGUUGCGUUGGCUGGUGGUAACGAGCGUUUCCACCCGCAAUGCUUCACGUGUUACACGUGCGGCACAUCUUUGGAGGCGCUUGAGAUCAGUCCCGAGCCGGAGAGCUUCCGGUCCGCAAGACUGGAGAGGAUCGCGCGCCGCGCAGCCGGAGAGAUCUUGGACGAAGAACCCGGCAAAACGAUGGCAGAAGAUGGUGACCAGCGCCUCCGAUUCUUCUGCCACCUGGACUGGCACGAGCAGUUUGCGCCCAAGUGCAAGCACUGCCGGACGCCCAUCAUCGGCGAGCACGUCGUGGCGCUCGGGGCGCACUGGCACUAUGGCCACUUUUUCUGCGCCGAGUGUGGCGACCCGUUCGAGCAGGGCAUGACACACAUCGAAAAGGACGGCUACGCAUGGUGCGUCAGCUGCCAGACCAAGCGGACCGAGAGGAGGGCUCCCAAGUGCAAGGGUUGCAAAAAGGCCGUCAUCGGUCAGUACGUCCGCGCACUGGGCGGCGAGUGGCACGAUGAGUGCUUCCGCUGCGGAACCUGCGGUGGUGGCUUCGACGACGGCCAGGUCUUCCCCCGGGAGGCUAGCGAUGGAUUCAUGGAGGUGCUGUGUACGCCCUGUCGAGCGAGGGAGCUGAAGGGUUGAGGUUUUGAGGAGGCUGGUUUGACGACGAUGUGUUGUUGUUUGUGAUAUUGUUGUUGUUGUUAUCACUGAUUUUCGUUGUGGGUUGUUUUAGCGAGCGAGCGUGCGUGCGUUGUUGUGC